ACUAACUAGCAAAACUUUCCCUUCUUUGUGUGGAGGUUUGCAGUCGGCUGUCCAGUCGAAUCUGUACUAGGAGAGAUGGCGAAUCAGCUCUACGGCUAUAACCCUAGCAGCAAUGCGGGAAUAGCAGCAGGGAGCAACCUGUCUAGGACGACGACGAGAUCCAUGGACGACUAUCUCUCUACGGAUAAUAAUAAGCCAUUCCUUGGUUCCUCAAGUUAUUUUGGUUCUUCCGGCUAUUCCUUCUCUUCACCCACUAUGCUAUUUAAUCAAAGUGAUAGUUAUAACCCCGCUGCGAGUAAGAUUCCAGGUUUGGCGGCUUAUCAGUCCUCGUGGACUGCACCUCCUGGAGUCGAUGUUGCGCAGCCUCCUGCUGCCGACUCUUAUUUUUCUAGCUUGAAGCGCUCCUCCUCUGAUGCACUGUAUCAUCGGACACUUUUGGGUGCACGUAAUACAAUUGGGCAAGCUGAAGCUUGGUUUUCAGCCAAUCCUUUAGCCAAGCGCCCUAGAUUCGAGAGUGCAAGCAAUUUGUCUAUAUAUCCCCAGAGGCCUGGAGAGAAGGACUGUGCCCAUUAUAUGCAAACAAGAACCUGUAAAUUUGGAGAUAGCUGCAAGUUUGACCAUCCUAUUUGGGUUCCGGAGGGUGGAAUCCCAGAUUGGAAAGAGGUUCCAGUUAUAACUGAAUCUCUUCCUGAAAGACCUGGAGAGCCUGAUUGUCCAUAUUUUAUGAAGACUCAAAAAUGCAAGUUCGGUAAUAGAUGCAAAUUCAACCACCCCAAAGAUAAUACCGCUCAUUUGGGUUCUGUACAAAAUUCUGAUGUUUCUGUCUUGCCUGAGAGACCUUCUGAACCCUCAUGCGCGUUUUACAUGAAGACGGGGGCAUGUAAAUUUGGUGCUACCUGCAAAUUUCACCAUCCAAGAGAUAUACAAUUGUCAUCUCCAAAGCAAGAAAGUGGCUCUGCGGAAAACCCUGGAUCAGCUAAUAAUGAGAUGACUGAGGAUGUGAAUCUCAUCAAGCCGCUUUCUGUUCCAGCUUUAUUGCACAACUCCAAAGGCCUUCCUAUUAGACCGGGUGAAGUUGAUUGUCCUUUCUACCUAAAAACUGGCAGACACAGUAGAUACUAUAGGGAGCUACCUGUAGUGUUGAAUGAGUUUCUUAUUCUAGUUGCUAUACUAUUAUCUAAAUCAGCCAUGAAUUUCUCUUCUGAUAUUCUUAGUAUACUUGGAUCUAGUAAUUCACUAUCUUUCUUUUGCACAUCUUGCUUGGUCUGUCAUGUUGUCCAUCAGUUCUAUAUGAAAACUGGGGAAUGCAAGUUUGGUGAAAGAUGCAAGUUUCAUCACCCUCUUGAUCGUUCAGCACCAGUAGUGUCAGCAAAGGAUGUGCAGCAGCCAAAUGUUAAGCUCACUCUUGCUGGUCUACCAAGGAGGGAGGGCGCUGUACACUGUCCAUACUAUAUGAAGACUGGAAUGUGCAAGUAUGGGGCGACAUGCAAGUUUGACCAUCCACCACCUGGAGAGGUCUUGGGUAUGGCAACAUCGCAAGGGGCAUCCUUAUCUGUUGAGGGAGAAGAUACGGUUGAUGUGAAAGAGCAACAGCAGUAAGGUUAUGGCUGAAAGGCCUUUCUUGUAGUCACCAUUUUUUUCAGUUACUACUUCUGUUACCAUUUUAUAGCAAACUUAUGAUUUGCAAGGCAUAAUUUUUCUUGAUGAGUUCCUGACACUUUUAGAGUUCGAACAGUUUAUGUUCCACACCAGAUGAUGGAAGUUUUUAUAGCUAUAGUAUGCUUUUUAAUUUUGCACAAAA